UGUCAUUUAUUAAAAAAGACACAAAUUCAACGGGAGCAACAAAUUUUUCGUACGGAGUAAAAAUUGAUAAAAUAGUGUUUUAAAAUUAAACAAAAUUAAAAUAUUUCGGCUAAACUAACUAAAAUUGAAUUGUUUAAUAUUGAAUUACGUAAAAUAAAGUGUUUGUAUAGCUAAUAAAUAGCAAAAUAAAUUGCUGAAGAAAAAAAUGUGUACAAUACCAUCUACAACGAAUAUGAAAAAAUAAGAAAACACACAAAAAAUUAAAGAAAUGUAGAAAAAGUGUACAACAAUAAAAACGACAACAACAACAUAAUAAGCGCCAGAGGAGCGCCAGUAUUCUUCAAAAGUAAUCCAAAAAAGUUUAUACAUAAUAAUAUGCCUCUUCCAAAUCUCCAACACAAUGUGGACAAGAAAUAAUAGAAAUUCGUGUUACGGAAGUGUUAUUUUAACAACAGAAUCAAAAUAAAUGUUAAAAUCAAAAUAACUACCUAUAAAGUGCUUAAAUUGUAGACCAAAAUAUCUUUAGAUAUUUGCUAAAAAUACUAUUUUAUUUAUAGUGGGUUUAUUGUUUAUAAUCUGCUUAUACACAUAUUAACGUCAUCAUCAUUUGAAUUGUUGUUACUGUUAAAAUAGUACCACAAUGUUGCAAUUAUCUUGGAAACCUUUAAUACCCUUUGGUGUUUCCUUACUACUGAGUUUUUGUUUUUGUCUUUCCGAAUCAGCAAUUUUACCGCCCGAUCAUAAUGUUGAUUGUGAACAUUACGAUGAGAAAGAGUGUAUGACGCGUGGUGAUUGUGCCACAAAAAUUGAACAUUGUAAAUUUGAUUCAGACAAACCGCCAAGUUGUUAUGUUUUAUGGUCACGUGAUGAAAUAACGGGAGAAGACCAUAUCAAAAUGAAGGGUUGCUUCUCUCAAACUCCUGAAUGUAAUCAAACAGAAUGUGUUACGAGUUCGGAGCCUCGUAAGAAUAAUAUGAAUUUAUUGCAUUUUUGUUGUUGCAAACAAUCAAUGUGUAACACUGCACAAAAAUGGGAACCAACUACGACAGAAGCAACAACACAAGUGCCGAAAGAGAAGACCCCAGAAAAUGCUGAUCUAAUUUAUAUCGUUAUUUGUUCAAUCAUACUUGCCAUUUUAAUAACUAUAACUGGUAUUGGUCUAUUUUUAUAUCGUAGACGUAAACAAGCUCACUUCAAUGAAAUACCCACAAAUGAAGCUGAAAUAACCAAUUCAUCACCUUUACUCAGCAAUAGACCCAUACAGUUGUUAGAAUUAAAAGCCAGUGGUCGUUUCGGUGAUGUUUGGCAGGCAAAACUUCACAAUCAAGAUGUGGCGGUGAAAAUAUUUCGCAUGCAAGAGAAAGAAUCAUGGAAUACUGAAUUGGAAAUUUACAAAUUACCUCGUAUGCGUCAUCCGAAUAUUUUGGAAUUUUUGGGACAUGAAAAACACACAGAAAAAAUACAACAAGAAUUUUGGCUUAUAUCGGCUUAUCAACAUAAUGGUUCAUUGUGUGAUUAUUUAAAAUCUCAUACGAUUACAUAUCAAGAACUAUGUAAAAUAGCCGAAUCGAUGGCUUGUGGCUUGGCUCAUUUACACGAAGAGAUCUUGGCAACAAAAACCGAAGGCCUUAAGCCGUCCAUUGCACAUCGUGAUUUCAAGUCGAAAAAUGUUUUACUCAAAAAUGAUUUGACGGCGUGUAUUGCUGAUUUUGGUUUAGCCAUGAUAUUUCAACCGGGCAAACCUUGUGGUGAUACACAUGGCCAAGUAGGCACCAGACGUUAUAUGGCUCCCGAGGUCUUGGAGGGUGCCAUUAACUUUAAUCGUGAUGCUUUUCUACGUAUUGACGUUUAUGCUUGCGGUCUAGUGCUGUGGGAAAUGGUAUCACGUUGUGAUGCAACAGGACCUGUAGGAGAAUUCUUAUUGCCAUUUGAAGCAGAGCUGGGCCAAAGACCCACCUUGGAUGAGGUACAGGAGAAUGUUGUUAUGAAAAAAUUACGUCCACAAAUUUUAAAUUCAUGGCGUUCGCAUCCGGGUAUCAGCAUUAUCUGUGACACAAUGGAAGAAUGUUGGGAUCAUGAUGCCGAGGCACGUCUCUCCUCCUCUUGUGUUAUGGAACGUUUUCUACAGCUACAAAAAUAUCCCACCACAAUGCUAAUUAAAACAAAUACCAAUAAUAUUGUGGUCGAUGCUAAAGAUUCGAAUAAUUUAAGUUUAUAGAACAGGUAUUAAAUCACUCUUAUUUAUUUAAAAAAUUGUCUUAACGGUAAAUAAGAGUGAUACAAAUUUAUCUUAUUAACAAAGGCGCGCCACAAAAUACAAAAAAUAUAAUUAUAAUAACAUUAUAUAGAGUUUUUUGUUUGUUUUAAAACUGAUUAACAAAAUAAUAAUUGUUUUAAAUUGAGCCUAAUCCUUUAAGUCGUUAUAAACAAAAACAAAAAUCUGUUAAAAUUACUAAGGCUUAUUUACACAAUGUUAACGUCAUGUAAUUGUGUUCUGGGUCUAUUUACAAAAGUAAAUAUGAUGUUGUGUAUACAAGCCUGGAGGAAAAUAUCUUAUAAAAAUUUGGUUUCCUUGGAAAAUUUUACGACCAUUGGAUGGAUGGAUCAUUCAUUGUUUUAGAAAAUUAGUUUCUAAAUCAUUUGUUUAUCUUUUUAUGUAAAAAGUGCACAUUUUUUUGCAUUAAAGGAUUUUCAUAAUGCUUUAUAUUUGUUUUAUAAAUACAAUACAUAUAACUAGUUUUUUUUUGUCACGAAUGAGAAAAAAUAUUAACAAAAUUAAUUUAAGAACAAAUAAAUAUGUAAAAUAUAUUUUAAGUCAGUCUUGUCUGAAUAGACUUUCUGUCUCUAUUGAAAUAAUUAAAAAUAUAUGGGAAAUUGGAAAUUUUAAUAUAAAAAAUCAAAUAUUGAUAUCUAUAGAAGUAAUUAUUACUAAAAUUAUCAGAGAUUAUUUAAAAGUAUUACAUUUUAUUUAUGCAAUGAAAUAAAAUCAUUAACAAUACAUUUUAUUUUUUAAUUAUUUAAAAAAUUUGAAUGGUUCUGAUUACCAUGAUAUUUUUCUUCAAAUUUUUAUUGAAUUUCCUAUAAUUCACCACCUAAAUACCAAAAGUCUAGACAAGACUGUGUUAAGUAUUUAAUAAUUAGAAUUUUUAACCGAUAACAAAGAGAAAAUAAAUAAGCAGCUAAGUUUAAAGAAAAAGUUAUAAAAUACAAUUAUAUAUUAAGAUUUAUUAACAUAUGACUGAUUCAUUAGAAAUAUGAAAAAAAAACAAAUAUUUUAUUAAAAAAAAAUAUUUAAAAAUAUUAAAUGAAAAAAAA